UGAAGAAAGCCCCAUUAAACACCAUCAGCCAUGGGUCUGAACAAUUCCCGCCCCAAACUGUUCCCAGGAGACAUUGUGGAGUAUCCCAGGAACAAAUACUUUUCACACUUUGGGAUUUUCUAUGGAGAAAAGGACGGCGUUCCAUAUGUGGCUCACCUGACAUGCCGAGAUUCAGACACCAAGAUCCCACUGUUUGGCCGCGCGCUGAGGUCAGAGGUCAAACUGGAUCCUCUGGAGCUGCUGGGGAUGAAGUACAAGGUCAACAACAUGCUGGAUGACACGCACUUGCCCAGGGACUUCCACUCCGUGGUGAAGCCGGCCAUCGACGACAUGAUGGGCCGCGACGUCACCUUCGACAUCCUGUUUCACAACAGCGAGCACCAGGCGACGCUCUUCCGGUACGGGGUCAAGAGGUCCGAGCAGAUAGAGGUGGUCUAUGAGCACAUCUUGCCAGCGUGGAAGAAGCUGUUCAAGGAGAAGAAGCUGUGAGCGCGCCGGUGUUCAGGUUCCUCCAGCAGAGGGCGAAAUCGCUCUGCUCAUCAGUUGAACUUAGAAACCAGAAAACGUCUCUCUCCCAUCCCUUCUUUCUGCCCUUGUUCAUACCGUUUUCAUUUUUCUUCAAUCCAUCCUUCAAGCCGUCCUAAAUUCUGUCAGUCAUUUCCUUCCCCAUCUUAUCCUCCGUCGUUCAUUUUCUUCAGCCUUUGGUUCUCUUUCCGUCAGUCGUCUAUUUAAAUUCACAUUGUUGUAACUGAACAUGUACUUUACAAAGAAAUGUUUUGAAAAUAGUCUUCUUUUUUUUUUACAUUGUCAGCUAAAAUCUUGGUUUUGGUACCAAGAUCUCUUAUUUAGAAAAUUUGGUCCUGAUUAUUAUUUUUUUUUUUUUUAAUAAUAAGCUUGAAUUCUGAUUUUCCUCCUGUAAUUGUGU